GGUCUUUUUUCAGUGGUGGGUGUGCCCUGGAAAAUCCCAAAAUAAAAGGCCAGCUUUGCCGAGGCUUUAAAUACGGCUCCGGUCUUAAGCAUCCUCUUAUUCUGCCCUUUAUUCUCAUACUUUGGUUUCCUGUUUCGGUUGCUCCGCUUCGAGAAAAUGGCAAGCCCUUUGGAGAAGGCCCUGGACGUGAUGGUGGCCACUUUCCACACCUAUUCCGGCAAGGAAGGGGAUAAGUUCAAGCUCAACAAGUCCGAACUGAAGGAGCUGAUUUUGAAGGAGCUGCCUGGAUUUGUAGGUAAAAAGAAGGACGAAGCCACGUUCCAGAAGAUCUUGAAUAACCUGGACAGCAACAAAGACAACGAGGUCGACUUCCAAGAGUACGCCGUCUUCCUGUCCUGCAUCGCCAUGGCCUGCAACGAUUUCUUCCAGGGAUUCCCAGAGAAGAUGCCCCGGAACAAGUGAAAAAGUGGGGAAAUUUUUUCAAAGCCUUGUGUUGUGUGUAACAAGCAAGGAAAUCAAAGAUUCAUCCCUGGAGGAUCUCCCCCUGCUUUGCUCCACGCAACCUUAUCGGGAAUAGUUAUCUCACCUUUGGCCUCUGCAGAAUCGGGAUUGUUAAGCGUCUUUGUAUUUCCUCUCUCCCAGCCCCUAAUAAAAUAAAGAUGGUUUUAAAAUAGA